UUGAGUGGGUACAGAAGAGAGGAAGGAAGGAGAAGAUGUACACGUUUUGCUUCACAUUAAAAAACCUGACAUCUUUUCUUGUGGUAACCACCUCCCCAAGAGAACAUGCCCCUCAAAAAGGAUCUCCUGUACCCAUUCCUGGAAGAAAAGAGGAAGCAUAAGAAGCAGCGACUGCUGCAGAUCCCCACCUCCUACUUCAUGGACGUGAGGUGCCCAGGACUCUACAAAAUCACCACCAUCUUUAGCUAUGCACAAACGGUAGUUUUGUGUGUUGGCUGCUCCACUGUCCUCUGCCAGCCUACGGGAAGAAAAGCAAGGCUUACAGAAGGAUGCUCCUUCAGACGGAAGCAGCACUAAAACCACCCUGAAUCAAGAUGAGUGGGAAACUAUCCCAAUAAACAAAUUUUCGCUA